AUCAAAGGGUAGAAUUCAUCCCCAUAUUUAUAAACAUUAUUUUCAAAAAAAAAAAAAUGGUGUAAACCUCCAUCCCCCUUUUCCUCAGUAUCCUAUAAAGAUAAAGUAGGUUUCUUGGAAGCCACUCUAGAGGGUACUAAAUGGAUGAUAUAAAUACAUCUUCUAGGACUAAGCCUGUUACAUUGAACGAAUCCUUCAAAUUCAAGUCAUCUUUUAUUGUGGCUUCAAUUGUUUAAUUCUUUGAAUUCUUUUGGUUCAUAUUUUUCUUCUUGUACGUACAUAGUGGUUGUGGUUAUAUUAAUAUUGCUCUGAUUCCCUCUGUUCUGUUGACAAAUUCUUUGCCUUUAGACUAAUUCAAUAUAUCUUCCAUAACAAUCAUUUUCAACUGGAAAAGUUGGCAAAGAUGACAAAAUGUUCAAUGGAGCAGGAGCUAGGAUGUGGUCUAAUGGGGGGAGUUUUUCAACGUUGGAGCAACUGGUCGAAAAAAUCAUCGGUGCCGGCACUGCCCGGAAAAGGGAUGAACAAGGUUUCAAAAGAGCCGGUUACUGAUAAGUCUAAGAAGCUUUCAAACAAUGAUGAUUCCAGGAGGAGACGUAGUACCAGCACUGUGGAGCCUGUCCUCCCGGAUUCAUCCAACUUGGCUAAGCCUUUACCGGAACAGGAUCAGAAACCGGUAAGGAAGUCCGAGUUGUUGCCACCGCGAAACUCGGUUUCGUAUUCUCACCCUGUGAAAGACAGUAGGAGACGUUCAAAUACCGGCAGAAGCUCGACGUCGUCCUCGUCUGGCUCAACACAUCACUCCAAGGAGCUUGCUAAGGUAACCAUUAGUGAUCAACAGCAAUCAAACAAUAGCAAAGCUCUUAUUCGAGCAACUUCGAGUAAUAUAAUGCUAGCAGGCCAGUUGGGAAACUUAAGACAGCUUGGAGCUGGGAGUGCUGUAGGGAACAAUGGUUCCAAUGCAACAAUCGAAGCUUUGGAUAAACUACCAAGAAAAAACAGCCUUGGUAAACUUGGUGGUUCAGUGAUGGGCAAUAUUAUAAGGCAACCUAGUGAUGAGUUUAAACAGCUUCACGGUCUAACAGGUAGACUGGAUCCUGAAACACUGAAGAACAAGGGAAAUGAGGCAUACAAGCAAGGAAGGUUUGAAGAGGCAUUGGCUUUAUACGAACGAGCAAUCUCUCUCGAUUCUAAACAGGCGACAUAUCGGUGUAAUAAAAGCGCUGCCUUGUUAGGUUUAGGCCGUCUUAUGGAGGCUAUUGCUGAGUGCAAAGAAGCUAUCCAGCUUGAUCCUGCUUAUUGCAGAGCUCAUCACCGUUUGGCAACAAUUUAUUUCAGAUUGGGAGAACCAGAACAUGCAUUAUAUCAUUACAAACAUGCCGGAAAUCAUGCAGACUCUAAUCACAUAUCUGAAGCUCAAACUCUAAUCCAACGUCUCAAAAGAUGCUCCGACGCACGAAAAUCACACGAAUGGAACACUUUACUCAAGGAGACUGAAUGUGUUAUAACCUCAGGAGUCGAUUCUGCACCCGAGGUCUAUGCUUUACAAACAGAGGCCUUGUUGAAGAUCAACAAGCAUCAACAGGCUUGUAUAACUUACAACAAAGGACCAAAAUUUGCCAUUGAAUCUUGUAUUAAUUUCUUUGGCCUGACUGUUAGUGCUUAUCUUUUAAUGAUCAAAGCACUGGUAAACAUGGUUUCUGGCAGGCUAGAUGAGGCUGUAUCAGCAGCUCAGCAUGCGGCUAGACUCGAUCCAGGCAACAAGGAAAUAAGCCUAGUGGUAAAGAGGACUAGAGCAGUAUCGUCAGCUCGACUGAGCGGUAACUUGCUCUUCAAGGCAUCAAAAUUUGUAGAGGCUUGCAUCGUAUAUGGUGAAGGACUCGAAUACGAUUCAUACAAUCCAGUUUUGCUAUGCAACAGAGCAGCUUGCAGAUCAAAGUUAGGCCAAUUUGAAAAAGCCAUUGAAGAUUGCACAGCUGCUCUCAAUGUUCAACCAUCUUAUAGCAAGGCAAGGCUAAGGAGAGCUGAUUGUAAUUCCAAGCUUGAAAGAUGGGAAACUGCAAUCCAAGAUUAUGAGAUGUUGAUAAGGGAAACCCCUGGAGAUGAGGAGGUGGCUCGAGCUUUGUUCGAGGCUAAGGUCCAACUCAAAAAGCAGCAUGGUGAAGACAUUGAGGACUUGAAGUUUGGGUCAAAUCUAGUUUUGGUCUCUAGCAACGAGCGUUUCAGGCACUUUGUAACCUCACCUGGGAUGACUGUGGUGCUUUUCUGUAACAAAACAAAACACAAGCAAGUAGUGCAAAUAAUGGAACAAGUGUGCAAGAGAUUCCCAUCUAUCAACUUCCUCAAGGUGGAGAUAGAAGAUCAUCCUUACUUAGCUAAGUCAGAGGCAUUAACCUGCAUUCCAGCUUUCAAGAUAUACAAGAAUGGAUCAAGGGUUAAAGAAGUUCCAGGCAAUGACCCUGAAUUGCUAGAAAGAUCAGUCAAAUUGUACAGCAGUUGAGGACAGAAUUAAACAACAUCAUGGAGCAAGUGCAAAGAGAAGAUAUGCAGGGAGAUUUGUCACCUCUUUUUUCACAAAGAAAGAGAGCCAGGUUCAACAAGAGAGAGAAAUUUUAAUGAUGGGGCUAAUCCUAAUAAAAUAUGCUAAUAAUGGGGCUAAUCUUAAUCAUGUCUGCUCAGUCACUUUACCAGCAUUAGACUCAUACAUGUCUAAAAAGCUGUGAGAAAUUUGAGUGGCAACUUGAGAUUUAAAUAUGUAAAAGGGAGAUUUUUAUUUUUUUAUUAUUUUAUUUUUCUUCUUUUACUGUUUUAAAGGAAAGAAACAAAGAGUUGCGUAUAUUGCAUUUAUAAAAAUGAAACCAAAAAAGAAAAAAUUAGUAAGUGUGAGGAUAAAAAAGAAAAUUUGGUUUGUUUCUUUUAGCAGAAAGAUUGCAUAAUGGAAAGGUCAUGAUUAGUGCCAGUAUUGGAAAUGCCAAAAGAA